AUGUUUAAUCAAGAACAAGGUACUGAUUAUCCUGUUUUAAAUAAAAAGAAAUUAGAGAGUCUUGCUAAUCUUAAGUUGGCUAUGAGUGGACAUGAAUAUCCAACUGAUGAUUUAACUCAACAAGGAUUAAAACUUGCUGGUCCUUUAUUAGAAGAAGUAGAAGAGAGUGAAGUUAAUCAUACUACUGCACCAAUUGAUGCUAGACUUCAAACAUUUCUUAAUUCAUAUUUUGCAGAAUGUGGAGAAGAAGUACCAAAAAUUCCAGAUAAUACUUUUAUUCUUGAUAGAGAAGGACUUGGAAGAGUAUUAUCAUUUCCACCACAUAAACAAGAAUUCUUUUGUGAAACAAUGAAAUCAUAUAAAAUUAAACAAGGAGUACUUCAUAAUCCAGCUAAAGAUAAAAGAACUACAGUUGGUGUUUUCCAUAUUUGUCAAAGUGAUGUUCCAGUUCCAGCAGAUAAAAUUGAAUGUCCAAAAAUAGCAUUUUUAAGAAUGCUUAAAGCAGCAUUUUAUGGAGCACCAGCUGAUCAUCUUAUUAUUCCAUAUACAGCUGAAUGUAAAGAACCAACAAAAUCAUGGGUUUCACUUUAUAUGAGACCAGUUGUUGUUCCAGGAGUAAAAGGAGUUAAAGGAUUUGAACAUGAAAAAGCUACUGAAAUGCAUUUCUUUGUACCAGGAAAUAUGGUUUCAUGUCUUGAUUUUGUAGAAUCAGUUUUUGGAAAUGCUGGUAAUCCUAGAUUAUCUAAAAAUGAUGCAGCACUUGAUCCACUUGGAUGGACUGGACAUAGUGGGAUGGCUAUUCUUGCACCACAUCUUACUCGUAUGACAAAAAAAGAAUGUGGACUUCCACAUAUUAGUCAAGCAACAGAAAGACAAAAAAAAGAAAGAAUGUGUUGGGAAAAAGAAGAUGAAUUAUAUAAUGAUGGAAAAACAUUUAAAAUGUAUUGUAGAGAUGCAUCAGGAAUUAUUUGUACUAUUAUUGCAGAUAAUUAUUUUGGAUAUUGUAAGAAAGAAGUUAAAACACAAAUUUCAUAUUCAGCUAAUUUAUAUGGAUUUGCAGAAGAAGAACAUGCAGGAGGAGCUAUAACUAGACCAUCAUAUGAUCUUGGAGAAGCAUGUAAAGGUGUUCAAUAUGCAGAAGGAUAUAAAUUUAGUGAAAUGAUUGAAAAGAAUAAACAAUCAAUAAUUGUUAAAGAAGAAGGAUAUGCUAUAGAUAAAAAAUAUCCAGAAGGAAUUAUUUAUGUUCCAGAAGAUUCAAUAUUUACUAUUGAAGAUGCAUCAGUUAAAUUUAAUCAUAAUGGAAAAGAAGAAAGUAUUCUUUUAAUACCAAAAGUAAAUUAUGUUUUACCAAAUGGUUAUACUAUUAUUUUACAUGAUACCAUGACAUCAAGAAGAUGGACAUUAAGAGGAAUUCUUCCACAAUAUACUCUUUGUCAUAAACCAUGUACUGUUUCAGGAGGAGGAAAAUCAGAAAUUUCAAAGAAUAUUUCAGAUGCUGUUAUUGAAGGAAGUGUCUUUGUUAAUAAUAAAGAAGAAGAUUUUAAAGCAGUUCAAGAAAUCUUUGACCAUGACUUCUCUAAAAGAUAUGCAAAUGGAGAAGUUAAGCCAAUUCGUAUCCUUGAUCCAAAUGUUACUCUUGGAACAGUUGUUGAAUUAUUAACACCAUCACGUCUAUUUACUAAAGAACAUAAUGAUUAUAUUUCAUCUAUUUCACCAUUAAUUGUAGAAUUAGUUAUGACUAUUAAAUCUCUUUAUAGAGAGGAUUGGAAAGGAGACUGGCAAUCAAGAAUUACUGUAGAUAAAAUUAAUGGAAAUCAAGGUAAUGAAUUAAAAUACAGAGGAGCUAAUCUUUGUUCACAAUAUCUUAGAGUUGGAUUUGAACGUGAUGAAACUACAUGGAGAGUUUUCCAAUUAAGAAAAGAUUUCUUCCCAGCUGCUAAAUUACAAAUGGAAGAUGAUAUUACAGCAUCAGUUAUUGUUCCAACUAAAUUACUUAAAACACCAAUUAAUAAUAUGCAAAAGAAAGCAUGUAAAAUUGUUAAGAAUUGUGAAUUAAGAUUAUUCCAAAGACCAGACGACGCCGUUUUUAGAGGAUUUGAUAAACAAACUGAAUAUGAUUUUUCAAUUCCAGGACAUUUUAUUUCUAAUUAUCAACCAAUGACUAGAGAAGAAGCUAAAGAUUUUACUAAAGAUGUUGUAAGAUUAUAUCAAUAUACUGAACCAAUGAGAAAAUGUUUACAAGAUUUUGUUGCAGGUAAAGAUGAAGCUAAAUAUAUUGUUUCAUCAUCUUAUACUAGAUUAGUUCAAGAAGGUGACAAACUUGUUGGAUCAAAGAAUCCAAGAUAUUUACAAAGAAGACCAGAUAUGUUAGAUCCAGAGAAUACAUAUAUGACAUUUAAAGCUAUUCAAUUAUUUAGAAAAAUUAGUGAUGAAGAACCAUUAUAUACUCCAGUAGAUGCAGUUCUUUCAGGAAGAAGAAAUAAUCCACCACAAGUAGCUAAAAAUGGUAUGAAAUUAAGACCAUUAUCAGUUUUUGCACCAUUACAUUAUUUUGAAUUACCAGAAUUAUUAAUGGAAUGUAUUACUUCAAUGACAGGUGCAUCACCAUCAAUGUUUGGAGCAGGAUCUGAAGGAGCAUUAACUAAAGGACCAUUUAAUUCACUUCCAGCAGUAGUUGAUUUAAAUAAUUAUCUUCUUGGAAUGAUUUGUUGUGGAUAUUCAGGAUUUGUAUCAUCUGCAUCAUAUUGUGGACCACAUUAUAAAGUUGCACAUGACAUUUCAUUAUUAAUUCCAGAAAUUUGGUCAAAGAUGAGAAGAUAUGAACAAGAACCAAAAUAUUUAAUUGAACAUGGAUAUCUUGAACCAUGUCCUGAUGUUACUUAUAAUGGAAAAACAUAUUCAGGAAAAAGACUUGGAUAUAGAAUUACUACUGCAUUUGCUAACCAUUUCUUGAGAACAUUAUUCUCUAUGCCAAAUUCUGUUAUGCCAGAAGAUUUCCUUAAACCAGAAUUACAAGAUUUAGCUAUUUAUGCAGAUUCAUAUGAAUAUAUUGAACAAACUGAUAAAGGAGUUGCUAUGAAUUAUAUUAAAGAUGGAACAGUUGAAGGAGCAUGUCCACCAUUAAAAGCACUUAUUUAUAUUAUGGCAAAUGGUGAAUAUAAUGGAAUGACACGUGAAUCAAAAGAAUUUAGAGAUAUGUUUGACCCAGAAGUUGUUCUAAAUAGUGAAUGGUAUAAAGAAAGAUUAAUUACAAGACAAAAACUUGAAAUUAAUAAAUUAAAUAAAGACUUAGCUUAUUUGAAUAAGACAAUUACCGAAAAACCAAGAUUAGCUGAAACUCUUAAUAAACAAAUUAUUGCUGUUAAAGAAGAACUUCAAUAUGUUUCAAGUGAAGAAUAUCUUAUUGAUAUUGAUGGAUCUAUUGGAACUGAUCCAUAUCCAUACAAAUGCAUGAAACAUAAAACUAAUUAA